GGCGGCGGCGGGGAUAUGGCGAGCGGCGGCAGUGGUAACACCGGGGCGGGUGGAGCCUCCGGGCUGGGCCUCGGCCUGGGUCUGAGCCUCGGCAUGGGUGAGGCCACUGGCGAGGCGGAGGAGGAGGCGGCCACGGCCGAGGCGGUGGGACGCCUGGCUACCGCGCUGUGGCUGCGGCUCCGCAGCUGGGAGGCCGCGCUGGCGGCGGCGCAGCGGCUGCUCGUGUGGGAGAAGCCGCUGCACAGCCUGGUCACGGCAGCCGCGCUCAACGGCCUCUUCUGGUUGCUGUCUUCAUCCUCCCUCCGGCCCUUCUUCCUGCUCAGCAUCUCACUUUUGGCCUACUUUCUGCUGGAUCUCUGGCAGCCUCGCUUUUUCCUUGACGUUUCAGCAUCAUCCCCUGAGGAGCCACACUCUGACAGUGAGGGUGCGGGGUCAGGCGCCCGGCCGCACCUGCUGAGUGUGCCUGAGUUGUGCAGAUACCUGGCUGAGAGCUGGCUCACCUUCCAGAUUCACCUGCAAGAGCUGUUGCAGUACAAGAGGCAGAAUCCAGCUCAGUUCUGUGCUCGAGUCUGCUCUGGCUGUGCCAUACUGGCUGUGCUUGGACACUAUGUUCCUGGGAUUAUGAUAUCCUACAUCAUCUUGCUGAGUAUCCUGCUGUGGCCCCUGGUGGUUUAUCAUGAGUUGAUCCAGAGGAUGUACACUCGCCUCGAGCCCUUGCUCAUGCAGCUGGACUACAGCAUGAAGGCAGAAGCAGAUGCCCUGCAUCACAAACAUGACAAGAGGAAGCGGCAAGGGAAGAACUCACCCCCAGGAGGUGAUGAGCUACUGGCAGAGACAGAGAGUGAAAGCGAGGCGGAGCUGGCUGGUUUCUCCCCAUUGGUAGAUGUGAAGAAAACAGCACUGGCCUUGGCCAUUACAGACUCAGAGCUGUCAGAUGAAGAGGCCUCCAUCUUGGAGAGUGGUGGCUUUUCUGUGUCCCGGGCCACAACUCCACAACUGACAGAUGUCUCUGAGGAUUUGGACCAGCAGAGCCUGCCAAGUGAGCCAGAAGAAGCACUGAGCCGAGAGCUGGGGGAGGGGGAAGAGGCAGAGCUGGCCCCUCCUGAAGACCUUCUAGACACCCCUCAGGCCCUCUCGAGGCAAGCUCUGGACUUGAAGGAGGAUGAACAAGCAGAUGUGGCAGCCAAGGAAACCUUGCUUCGGCUCUCAUCCCCUCUUCAUUUUGUGAACACACACUUCAAUGGGGCAGGGUCCCCCCAGGAUGGAGUGAAGUGCCCUCCUGGAGAACCAGUGGAAAUGCUGAGCCCAGAGGCAGUGAGUGGUGACCUCACAGCUCCACCCAGCACCCUCUCACCCCAGCUUUGCCUCACUGAAAAUGACCCAGUUCCCUCCCCCAACCCCUUCCCCUCUGUGCUCCCACCUCUUCCCCAGGACUCACCCCAAUCCUCCCCUGUCCCUGAGGAAGAAGAGGCACUCGCCACUGAGGACUUUGAGUUGCUGGAUCAGGGGGAGCUGGAGCAGUUGAAUGCAGAGCUGGGCUUGGGACCAGACACACCCCCAAAACCUCCUGAUGCUCCACCCCCUCCUCCCAUGGGGCAAGACACCCAUUCUUUGCUACAGUCAGACCGUGAGGCUCAGGCCAUGGUUGAGCCGUGAGUCUUGAGGGAAGGAGCUGCAGGCACAGUAGGGCUUCCUUGCUAGGGGUGUCACUGUUUCCUCCUUUCCACCACUCUGAGGAGGGGCAAUGUUGGGGAGGUUGGCUGCCAGUAGCCAACCCACCUUCUGCCUGCCUGCCUGCUGGCCUGGGCCUGGUGCGGUACCUGUGCCUAGGAUUGGUUUUAAGUUUGUAAAUAAUUUUCCAUUUGAGUUAGUGGAUGUGAACAGGGCUAGGGAAGUCUUUUCCACAGCCUGCAUUUGCCUCCCUGCCUCAUCUCUAUUUUCAUUCCACUAUGUCUCAAGCCCUAGAAAUCUAACCCUUUCUUUUUCCUCCUAUCCUCAGGGACCUGUGCUGCUCUGCCCUCGUGUCCUACUGGUUGUUUAGUUCAGGCACUUUAUAUAAUUUUUCUAUCCUAUUCCACAUUCCCUGAGCUUUUGUGUCCCUGCUGUGUCCUGUCCUUAGCAGCGCAACCCCUGCCUUUUGCCAGCUACUACUUCCCACAGGCACUGGCCAUACUUUAGGAUAACUCCUGGUAUGGGAGGUUAAGAGUAAACCUAGAGUGGUUGGUUAGGCCAGUAGCUCAACACUUAGGUCACUGUAGCCUUCAUAAACUACACUGCACUCUCAUCCAAGUUCAGCCCUUUCAUGAUGCAGGAAAGCAGAGACCCAAAGCACUUGACCAACACUCGGGUUGCUAAAGAUAUGCUGUCUUGUUGAGGUGAGGGGCUUCCUUACUGUCCUAGAGAGGAAGGAGAAAACCUGAUCUUCUGGGCUGUGGUGGAGACACCAUCACCAACCUGCACGUGCGUGUGCUCGCGCGCGCGCGCACACACACACACACACACACACACACACGGGUCUGGAAUUGGAUAGUAACAUCUGUGCAGGUAUUGACUGGAACAAUAAAGUGAUUGGCUAGAACUGCUGCCUGCUUGCCUGCCUGCCUCAUGAGCUGCCUCCUACUCAGCACUUUGUCCAUUCCUCACCCUUCCUCCCUUCACCCUGGCCUUGCUCGCCGCUGUUUAUUUACCUCGGUGCAAAACAAGGCCAGAAGCAAAGAUUCCUCUUGACAAGCCUAACUGCCCCUGUGUCAUCUUCCCUGACUGUGUGAUGUGCUUAGUGAGACUUAGCAUGUGUGAAUAAAGAAAGCGUAUGCAGGAGGAAA